AAUUAUUUAUCUAUGGGUUAUACUCUACAGAGAUAUCUCUGAUACUCUAUCUCGUACCCGUAAGAUAUAAAUAUAUUGCUUCAACCUAGGUUGUUUGAGGUUUGAGUACGGAAUUGUAACAGGGUUUGCCUUGUUCGUAUUUAAAUUAGUAUUGAAAGCAGACGAAAUAAGGAAAGAUGGAAACAAAGAUUGUGGCAUUGUUCUCAUUUAUCUCGAUGAUAUUAAUGACCAAUUGUCAAAAUACUGAAAACUUAAUGGAUCGUGAUAUAGAAACGGCUAUUUACUAUGGAGAUUCAAAUAUAAAUAUUGGUGAUCCAUUUAAGAUAACUUGCAUAAUACCAGUAUCCGAGCCAAUAAAUUGGGUUAAAAAUGGUGAACCCAUAACAAAUCAUAAUUUACGUCACUGGCGAGAUAAUCACUCUUUUAUAACAUCGGAAAGCCCUAUCGAUGGUGAACGCCAUAAAAUCGAAGCCCAUUUGAGUGUUCGACACGCAUUGAAAGCACACCAGGGCAAAUAUCAGUGUAACACACUUCAUACAAGCUAUCACACGCUCAAAUUGCACAAACUCGAAAACCAAUUCACAAAUUCCCAAAUGAUCGACUCUUCCGAAGAAACGUACUUCUCCACCCAAUCGCCAGAAAUGUAUCUUCCAAACGUGGGGAAUACAGUUUACCGAGGCGUUCUUCCAACCUCUACACCGAUCCCAUCCAUCUCCACUAAACUGUAUGACAUGUCUUCUCAAAAGAUUGCCAGUGUCUAUUCAAAUGCGUCUAAUUUUAAUAAUAUAUACACACUACCUGCUGAAGUUCCACCCUCGAAUAGUGAAAUAGGUUUCACCACAACUACUGGCCAUGAACACAAAAAUGUGUUCGAUAAAAAUAACAUAACUGGUAUUUUGUUAGUUCAUCCGUCUUCUUUUCCAGUCAGUCCAGAAUAUAUUCAAAUGAUAACUGGCAGAAUAAUAGAGCAAUCAACACCAACCGAACCAGUAACAACUAGACAAUAUUAUCUUCCGGUGCUUCCUGGAGUUUCUUCAUACGAUACUACAACUGCUACUGCUACAAACAUUUUACCCAAACCAUUUAUAAGGAAGGAUCCUGGACUAUUGGUACCAAAUUAUGAUAAUGUAGAACAUCAGGUAAAAGCAUUCGACAUUAGAGGACCAUUAGUCCUUAGCUGUAACAUUACUAAAGCUGGAGACUAUGAUCUCAUUUGGGAAAAAAAUGGCACAGAAGUCUCGAAGGUGCCAUCUUUGCAAGGUCGGUACAGAAUAAUAAAACCUGAAAGAAAGUUUAUGAUUGAAAAAACAGAAGAACCAGACUCCGGCAUAUAUAGCUGUAGAGUAAAUGACGAAAAGAAAGAUUUCAGAGUCGUAGCGAAAAUUGUUGUACGUGUGCCUUCCAAUAGCGGUGUUGUUGAAGGAGAAAAACUCUCUAUCCAUUGUGUUGUUGCUGGAACUGAUCCAAGAUUAUACUGGGAAAUGGGAAACCUUACUAUUUAUAACUCAACGGGUAGAUAUGAACUUAACGAAGAUGAAAACAAGGUCCAAAACGCAAUUCUUACAAUGAGCAAUGUGAAUUUGAAUGACAGGGGUGAUUACAAAUGUCUUGGUCGAAACAUAAUUAACGAUUUAGGUAUAAGUGAACCUGCGGGGGAUAUAAGCUUCGUACGUGUCAAAGGAAAAUUUGCUGCUCUCUGGCCCUUCUUAGGAAUCUGUGCCGAAGUUUUGGUUCUAUGUACAAUUAUUUUAAUUUACGAGAAGAGACGCAAUAAGACAGAACUAGAAGAAAGUGACACUGAUCCAAACACUGAGCAAUAAUAGUGUACCACAAGAUCAAGUGGUUAAUUAAAAACAAGGAAAAAUUGUUUUCAGUAAAAAGAAUGUAAUUUAUUAAUAAAACACUUAUAAGCAAUUAAUAAUUUAUUAUUUUAAACCUGUUAAAUUCACAAUGUUAUGAAUAGUCUAUUUUUGAAAUAUAAGAAAGUUCCGAAAGAAGAAAA